GCUCGGGUCCCGGUCGGCGGCCAGUACACUUCCCUCGCUCCUUCGCGCCGCUCGUGCCGCCGAAACCGCUCGACCCGCUGCCGACCAGACUGCACCGCGGCUUCCACUCCUCGUCCACUUCUCGUCCACUUCUCGUCCACUCGCCUCUCUCCACUCGCCGCUUGCAAAGAUGAGGGAGAUCGUCCACCUCCAGGCAGGCCAAUGCGGCAAUCAGAUCGGAUCCAAGUUCUGGGAGGUGAUCAGCGACGAGCAUGGCAUCGACCCCGUAGGCCAGUACAGCGGAGACACCGACAUGCAGCUGGAGAGGAUCAACGUUUACUACAAUGAGGCCUCUGGCGGGAGGUACGUGCCGCGCGCCGUGUUAGUCGACCUCGAACCGGGCACGAUGGAGGCCGUGCGCUCGGGCCCCGUCGGCAAGAUCUUCCGCCCCGACAACUUCGUCUUCGGUCAGAGCGGCGCUGGCAACAACUGGGCCAAGGGUCACUACACGGAGGGCGCCGAGCUGGUGGACUCCGUGAUGGACGUCAUGCGGAAGGAAGCCGAGAACUGCGACUGCCUGCAGGGGUUCCAGCUCACGCACUCCCUCGGGGGGGGCACGGGCUCGGGCAUGGGCACGCUCCUCAUCUCCAAGAUCAGGGAGGAAUACCCCGACAGGAUCAUGAACACGUUCUCCGUCAUACCGAGUCCUAAGGUCUCAGACACGGUAGUGGAGCCAUACAACGCCACGCUCUCAGUCCACCAGCUGGUCGAAAACACAGACGAGACCUUCUGCAUAGAUAACGAAGCUUUGUACGACAUCUGCUUCAGAACUUUGAAACUCACCUCCCCUUCCUAUGGUGACCUGAAUCACCUUGUGUCCGUAACAAUGUCCGGGGUGACCACAUGCCUCAGGUUCCCAGGCCAGCUCAACGCAGAUCUCAGGAAGUUAGCAGUUAACAUGGUACCUUUUCCACGUCUUCACUUCUUCAUGCCAGGUUUCGCACCUCUCACCUCCAGAGGAUCUCAGAGUUACCGCGCCCUCACCGUCCCCGAGCUCACCCAGCAGAUGUUCGACAGCAAAAACAUGAUGACAGCCUGCGACCCUCGACACGGCCGCUACCUCACCGUGGCCGCCAUCUUCAGAGGCCGGAUGUCCAUGAAGGAGGUGGAUGAACAGAUGCUCUCCGUUCAGAAUAAGAAUUCCAGUUACUUCGUGGAAUGGAUUCCCAAUAACGUGAAAGUGGCAGUGUGUGACAUUCCACCGCGAGGACUCAAGAUGUCUGCCACUUUUAUCGGAAAUUCAACUGCCAUUCAGGAGAUCUUCAAGCGCAUUUCCGAGCAGUUCACAGCCAUGUUCCGGCGAAAAGCUUUCCUCCACUGGUACACAGGCGAAGGUAUGGACGAGAUGGAGUUCACGGAGGCCGAGUCUAACAUGAACGACCUGGUAUCCGAGUACCAGCAGUACCAGGAAGCCACGGCAGAGGAUGAGGAUUUUUUGGACGAAGAGGAGGCUGAGGAAGAGCUCGUUGAGGAGCAGUAGAUACGAGGUUGAGUGUGAGGGGGAGAGGGGGUAGGGGGAAAUGAGGAGAGAGAGAGAGAGGGGGGAGGAAAAGAGGAGAGAGAGAGGAGGAAAAGAGGAGAGAGAGAGGAGGAAAAGAGGAGAGAGAGAGGAGGAAAAGAGGAGAGAGAGAGGAGGAAAAGAGGAGAGAGAGAGAGAAGGAAAGGAGGAGAGUGGGAGAGAUUGUAGGUGAGAAUGUGAGAGAGAGAAAGAAAGAGGGAGGGAUGUGAAGACGAGGAGGAAAAAAACGAGAAAGAUAAAAAGAGAAAUAGCGAGAUCCUCGUUUCAGUUGAGAGAGAAAUAAAGAAAAGAAAAAAAAGGAGAGAAAGAGAGACAGAGAAAGAGAGAGAGAGAGAGUGUGUGUGUGUGUCAAGGAAUCUAGGUUGAUCGUCUGCUUCUUGCAAUAAAUCAACCGGAUUUAAUGUAUGAGUCGAAAGCAAUAUAUGUAUUUGAAAGAUCCUGAUUUGGAGAGAAUUUUGAGAGAGAGAGAGAGAGAAGAAAAGGAUUUCCAAGAACUUAGAUAAUAAUUUUAUUUUGAUUAAGAGUCAUGAAAAACAAAAUGAUUGUAAAACGUGGGAACGGAUGAAUACAAAAUCGUUGUCAUAUAAAGACGUUAAUGAUGGGAAAUAAAGAGUCUGGAAUUCAAAGAAAAUAAUUGUAAUAAAAGAAAAUACUUAUUCUAGUCAUUACUAAUAUGCACAGGACAUAUUUUGUAAUGAGAACCGAAAGGCCUCUAUCACACAUUCAUCACUCAAAGUUUUUAUUACGAAUUCAUAACUUAUACCAUUGUUGUAACAGAAAAUCCAGUGAGUUGAUAUGAUCUGAUUAAAAAAAAAAUAGGUAAGAAAUAAAUAAAAUGAAUUUUAAGAAGCAAAUAAAAAUCAAGAUCAUUAAAUCAAUUCUAUAAAGUUCUUUAUGAUUUCGCUGUAUCAUUUACAUGCUGCUCUUUAUACCGUACAUUACACGUGCCUUAUACAAGAGUCCAUAAAAUGAUCAAACUUAGCCAAGUUCCUAAGCAAAAAAAAACAAAAAAAAAAAUUAUAUAUUUUCUGCAUUAGUUCCCGAAUAAUUGUUUGACGGUAGCAUUCAUAAGUCAUCGUGUUAUAAAACAGAGUGCAUUUGUCGUACGCACUCUUCGAUCAAAGAAAACCAUGUAUUUCCAAUGGCCUUUGUCACUGCUGAAUGUAUGACUGCUGAGUCACGUGUUGUAUGCCCUGGUGCUCCGAGUCAAAAGAUUGAUUUUGUUUUUUUGUUUUUUUGUUUUUUUCUCAACUAGAAUUAUUUUGUUAAUUUGGAAUAAAAACACUUGAAGUU